AUGACAUCAUUUUAUGAGUACAGCAAGACCUGUACUAUACAUGAAUUCGCCAUUCAACUCGUUCUCUAUUUCACACCCAUCACUAGUGUCAACAUGGUACUUCCACACCCCAAUGCUAGUACUACUGGUGUUGAUCCACCGCUAAUACUCAAACAUGGUCAAUGGAAAGGAAUUUGGAAAUCCAACCUAGACCAUGUGAUGGUGCCAUCUCACGAGACAGAGGAUGCAUACUUCAGCGAUUUGCCUCGGCUAUGGGCAUGCUUUUGUCGAGUCACAAUGGCAAGAAUCGGUGGAAGGAGAGGUCCAGAUAAUCAAACAGUCGGUAGGAGGAGAAUUAACCAAUACGACAAUCUUAGUUUCACUGAAUUCUAUGCUGCAAACAUUGGAAGACAGCCCAGUCAAUAUAAAGGGAAGUUGCUUGGAUAUCUCGUCCAUGCCCAUUGCUGGGUGCUCUUCGGUCGAGUCGAAGGGCUGAAGCUAAAAGAAGCUAAACUCGCAAAACUCGUCCAAGUCUGUCGGAAAUACUGGCGCAACAACAAGUUGUGGCAAUUAGCAGAUUACGAUGUGCGAUUCAUUGAACCUCGCCAGGUCCUAUCGGAGUUUGAACAUGAUUUCGCUAUAUAUCAGAAUCCACUAGUCGUGUCCGAAGUUCAAAAAGCUAUGAAUUGCGCAGGUAUCGAAGGUCUGCGAGAAUCAAGAAGCCGCCAUCUACCUUCUCAUUUCAGGAGCAUUCCAUUAGAAGUUGCCGUUCUGAUUGCUGAGUGGGUCUGUCCUAUCAAGUAUACCCUGGAUGAUAUAAAGAACACAGGGAAUAUGCUUUUGGUGUUUGAGUGGAAAUUACCUGAUUGGUUUUGGAGAGGAAGAUUGGACGAGCGCUUGUUCAUUGAACUGGAUAAACUCAAGAAGGCAAGAUCUCCAGUGAGUUGGCAAUUGCGGUUGAAUUUGAUGUGUCUUAUUGUGGAUCGAGCUAGGUUCAGUUCCAAUGGUCUAGCAAGUCGUGAGCGAGUACUGGGAGUCAUACUUGAUCUUGAGGAAGCCUACUUGAAUCAAGCUAGAGUCACCCAAGAGAAACUUGCUUUGAAAGGAAUUGCUAAUUGA